AACGCCCUGCGGUGAUUUGUUUUUAGCCUAGCUGGAGACACACGAGUGAAAUUGGAGCCGAGGAAAAACAAGUUGUCCCUUUUCUCAGAAAAUAACUUUUGCUGUCAGCAGCGUCCUUGGGCGUCCAGGCCAUUCCAACCUUGCUCAAGCUGAGUUACGGCCAUGCCAGUGCACCGUGAUCGGGAGAAAAAGGAGAGUACAGCUGAAGAGAUGGAGGUAGAGGAGCACGAGCAGGAGGCUUCCAGCUCAGAGGAGGAGGACUCUGACACCUCCUCUGUUUCUGAGGAUGGAGACAGCUCCGAGAUGGAUGAGGAGGACUGUGAGCGCAGGAGGAUGGAGUGUCUGGAUGAAAUGUCCAACCUGGAGAAACAGUUCAACGAUCUUAAAGACCAGUUGUAUCGUGAGCGUCUCAGUCAGGUGAACAAUAAAUUGGCAGAGGUAGAAGCCGGCCGAGCAGCUGAAUAUUUAGAACCUCUGGCGGUGCUGCUGGAGAACAUGCAGGUCCGGACCAAGGUGGCAGGUAUCUACAGAGAGUUGUGUCUGGAGUCUGUGAAGAACAAGUACGAUUGUGAGAUCCAGGCAGCGUGUCAACACUGGGAGAGUGAGAAGCUGCUGCUGUUUGACACGGUUCAGAGUGAACUGGAAGAGAAGAUCCGAAGACUGGAGGAGGACAGGCACAGCAUAGAUAUUACAUCAGAGCUGUGGAAUGAUGAACUGUCAGGGAGGAAGAAGAGGCGAGACGCAUUAAGUCCAGACAAGAAGAGGAGACGACCUUCGGUGGUGUCUGGCCCCUAUAUCGUGUACAUGCUGCCUGAUUUGGACAUCCUGGAGGACUGGACCGCCAUCAGAAAGGCCGUGGCCACACUGGGCCCCCACAGAGGGAAGGCCGACUCCGACAGCCCCGUGUUCCCCUUCAGGCCCGACAGAAGCAGGCCCAUUCUCAACUGCUGAGACACUCUCGAAUUCCAGCCAACAACAGGACACAAAAGGACCUCAAAUACAACAUAGGAUUUGGGGGGGGGGGGGGGGCAUCUUCCUCUGCAGGCUUUUACUGCCAGCCGUUGCUGAGCUGUCUGUAGUCGACAGCGGUUCAAUGCCGGGACUCUGUGGGCUGACUCCGUUCACUAAAAAAGAAAAGAAAAUGGAAGUAUUAUUGAUCCCUGCUGAUCUGAUCAGGUAAUCCUGCCUCCCUCUUGCCUCUCAGGCUGUCCGUGGAUCCGUUCAGUUCAGUGGACUUUGGACAUGAAACGUGUCAUUUGUCCAAGUGUUUUGGAGGCAUCGCUUCAGAUUGUUGGAUAUCUUCAGGGAGUAAACAGUAGUGAUGCAACAUUUCAGCUCUCUAGGAAGAUGACCAAUUCAGUGUUUUUGUUUUGUUUGUUUUUUUCCCCCCAGACAUACAUCUUAUCUGAAAUGGAGCAUAACUUAAAUACGUGCUUAUCAGGCAUCGUUUCUGGCAACUAGAUGCAACGAGUUGGUUUGCUUGCCGACUUCAGCAGGUUUUCCUGCUGCUCAGCAACCACAAAAAUAUUUUUAUGGCAUUAUCUUAUUUUAUUUUUUAGCGUUCUUUCAAGUGGAAAUCCAACAUAUUGUCCAUUUCUGAGUGUUAUUAAUGAGCCUUCCAGUAAACUGGGUUCUUUGCGCUCCCAGUCCAUUGUGCCAUGAAACUUUGUGUUUUUCCAUACAAGAAUACUGAUUGAGAAAUGUUCUCUGAUCGUUGGGUGGUUUUGGAGAUAAUCCAGGUGCAAAUUUUACAUUUUUCAUGUGUUUACACGUCUGUGGCAGAUGACUGAUGUUCAUUAGGACUGCCGGUGAACUCCACUGCAGUACAAAUUGGCAGCAGCGACGAGAACUUCACAGAAGCAAAAGGUUGAAUUUUUAAUCAGCUCUUUGAAACACUUGUAUUUUUCCUUCCCAGUGUUUUCCUGGGGUAAGUGUUCUACCACCCACUCUUGUAUCUACCUCUCCUCCCAGUUUUGGAUUAUUUCUUCAACGUUUCAGAAGUAAAACGCGUAGCCUUCGUGUUUCAUGCGUUCCUGCUUUUUACACUGCUGUUCUGCACCUUUUUGAUAAAACACUCGAGGUAAUCAUUACACACACGUACCACUGAUCGCUCAACAAGAGCUGCCAUUUGAUGUGGCUUUAACAGAGUCAAGGUUCUGCUGGAUGUUGGAAAUUGUAUUUUUACAGUUUUAAGCCGUGUCUGGUGCAUUUGUGUCUUCUUUUUUUGUAACUAAGUGAAUGGGUUUGUACAAUAAAACUUGUUUUUUGUAAAGUUGUGGAUUCCUGUG